AUCAUCUCAUCAGCCCACUCCCACAACACAGACAAACUAUCCAACCCACAUCGUCUUCUCAGUCGACUCGACAGAAUAACUUAUCCACCUAUAAAUCAAACCCCAGGUUCACUUUAACUCAGUCAAUAUGGUCGCCUUCAACUUCCUUGUCACGAUGUCCCUUGCCAUCGCCUCGGCUGUAGCCCACCCGCUGAAUGAACAAUUGGUUGGCCGCGACGUGUACUCCACCUCAACUGCGACCUCUUCUUACCGCCACAUGAGUGAGCAGUUCCGCUCCCUCCGCACUCAGAUCGGUGCGGGAGGACUCAGCUACUCCGAGGCCCGCAGCCGAAUGGAAAGCAUUUCUCAAUCGACCAGGCAAUCUCUCCAAACGAUUGGAGGAUGUGGCCAAGUCUGCUUUGGUAAUGGUCAGGUGCAAUCGAUCACUUCGUCUGCCAGCGAAUCAUACCGAGAGAUGGCGUCCCUCGUGCAAACCAUUAACUCACACUACGGACCCCAAGCUUCUGUAGUCGCAGCUCCCCUGGUUGGCUUGGACACCCAGUUCGCCUCCAACCUCAGACAGUUCCAGCAGAGCGGGGUUUCAGUUAACCAAGUCAUCCCGAACUUCAACACCUUCCUCCCGGCUUUCAACCAAGUGGGAUUCCGAAGCACCGCUAGCUUCGCGUCUUCAAGCAGCUCUCACCACUCAGGAUCCGUCACUACCUUCUAGGUUUCCCCACCGACCCUCGGCAUUUGUCUCAUUGACACAUGGACCCGUCCCCUCAAUCCGCAAGCGAUACACCAAGCACAUUGUAUAUCUCCUGUUGGCAUUCAUUGUACCAUGCGGUUGCUUUUCUCUCUUUCAUCUUCUCAGCUUCUUUCCGUCUUUGUUACCCUCAUGACUCUUUGAUGAACAUUGUCCGUUGCAUGAAAUGAUACGAUUGGAGCUCCACAUCAUAACCAACAUUCUGCCUGUGAGGGUAGUUGCCUUGCUGCGAACCUUGCCCAAUUCAGC